AUGGCAUAUCCAAUUGUCUGGCAAAUAGAAGAUGUUUUCUAUCCUCUUAUUUCAGCCAUUGGUGUUCCUGUUAACUUGGUGGCAAUUAUCAUCCUGUCCCGAGGAAAGUGUGGUCUGUCCAGGUGCCUCACUUGGUACUUGAUUGGAAUGGCAGUGGCUGAUCUCCUUGUUGGUGUCUUUGAUGCCAUAUUUUGUUUCACUGUUCCAAUUUAUUUACCAAAUUCAUUCGCAAGACUUACUCCCAUGUGCAGUCUUUUUUCUGCCCUGGCAUCAGCAGCCACAGUGAUUUCUGUCUGGUUCACAGUCAUAUUCACUUUUGAUCGAUUUGUGGCCAUUUGCUAUGAGACAUUGAAAACAAAAUUUUGCACUGAGAGAACUGCAGCAGUAUUGCUAGGGACGGUGACUGUGCUGGGCUGCCUGGAAUCUCUACCCUGGUAUUUUGCAAAUGACUCAGAAUACAUUAUUGACAAUAUUGAAUGGGGUUGCAUCAGUGAAUCGAGUUAUUUUACAUCCCCUGCAUGGGCUGCAUUUGAAAUCAUCAACUACAUUUUAACCCCUAGUGUGCCAUUCUUUCUGAUCUUGCUGUUCAAUGUGCUGACUGUCAGACGUAUUUUAGUGAGCAGUCAAAUCCGCAGGUGUCUGCGUGGCCAAAGAAGUGGAGAGAAGCACAAAGAUGUGGAGUUGCAAAACCGGCAGAAGUCCAUCACUUUGCUGUUCAGUAUAUCGAGCAGUUUUGUGCUUUUGUGGAUGACCCGGCUUCUGUUCAGUAUUUAUGGACGAAUUGUAGAUAUCCGAUAUUACUUCUACUCCGACAAAGACCCUUACUUUAUCACAGAUCGCACAGCGAAGAUGCUGCAAGUGCUCAGCUCCUGCACCAACACGUUUAUUUAUGCUGUGAGCCAGGCUAAAUUCAGGAAAGAGCUGAAGAAUUCAGUGAAAUACCCCUUCGAGCAAAUCAAUAAAUUAUGGAACAGGUUGAAGAGUUUGAAACAUGUGAAUUAA